AAUGGUGAAAGACCCAAACAGGAAGUGUUACUGUCAGACCCAAAAGUCAAGCAAAGAUACAACUCAAAGCGAAACGUUAAAGAUCCCGUUGAAUAUGUCGCUUAUUGUAUCUCCAACUGGUCGCGACAUGUUGAGCUUUUAGCGGGUUUUGUGUCACUAAAUGCAGCGUGUGUCACGAUGUUUCAGGCUGCAGCUAAAACGCUUUCUGUUGCAGCAACAACCUCUUCAGUAUCUCGGGGAGUAUUAGUUAGUGUUAGACAUUACUGCAGGAGGACACCAGCGACACUACGAGUAUCUGAAGCACUUUCAGCUGCUCAACUGGGAGAAAAUGUCAAAGUAAAGGGAUGGGUUCGCUCUGUCAGACCUCAGAAGGCAAAUCUCUUUCUCCACGUGAAUGAUGGGAGCUCUUUGCAGUCAUUGCAGGUUGUCGCCAGUUCAGAGCUGAAUGAUCUGUUGCUCACAUUUGGUAGUGCUGUAGAAGUCACAGGUACUCUUAGGAAAAGUCCACACCAAAAACAGCCAGUUGAACUGGAAGCAGACCAAAUCCAUGUAGUUGGAGAAUGUAACCCUGUGGAUUUCCCUUUCAAAAUCAAAGAGAGACACGGCCUCGAGUAUAUUCGCCAGUUUCCUCAUCUCAGGUGCAGAACAAAUGCCUUCAGCUCCCUGCUGAGAAUACGAAGUGAGGCCACUUCAGCAGUUCACUCAUAUUUCAAGGAGAAUGGCUUUGUGCAGAUUCACACUCCAGUCAUCACCUCAAAUGACUGUGAAGGGGCAGGGGAGCUCUUUCAGGUUGAGCCACCACUCCCAGGGAAUGAAGAAGAUGAGAAGUUUUUCUUCUCUGUUCCUGCCUUCCUGACUGUGUCCGGUCAGCUUCAUUUGGAAGUGAUGUCAGGGGCGUUUUCUAGAGUCUAUUCAUUUGGGCCAACCUUUCGUGCAGAGAACUCCCAAAGCAGACGCCACCUGGCUGAGUUUUACAUGGUGGAGGCCGAGGUCUCCUUCACACAGUCCUUAGAGGAUCUCACUAAGGUCAUGGAGGACAUGUUCAGAUCUGCCACGGAGCAUGUCUUGGCUCACUGUGCCGAGGACGUGGAUUUGUUUCACAAGCAUGUGACUCCUGGACACAGGGACACUGUGGAGGCUAUUCUGAAGAAGAGAUUCCCUGCGAUUACCUACAGUGAAGCUAUAGACAUCCUAAACCGCAGCUCUCAGAAGUUUGCCUUCCCAACAGACUGGGGUUGUGACCUUCAGACAGAACACGAGAAGUACCUGGUGAAACAUUGCGGCAACGUUCCAGUCUUUGUCACUGAUUAUCCUUACGAUCUGAAGCCUUUUUAUGCAAGAGACAACCAGGAUCAUCCUGCGCACACGGCAGCUGCAGUGGACCUCCUAGUGCCAGGAGUUGGAGAGCUCUGUGGGGGCUCGCUGAGAGAGGAGAGGAUGGAUCUGCUGAGGGCUCGGCUGGAAGAGCUUGGAUUGGAAGACACCUACAGCUGGUAUCUGGAUAUGAGGCGUUUUGGCUCCGUCCCUCAUGGUGGUUUUGGAAUGGGAUUUGAGCGAUAUUUGCAAUGCAUUCUGGGUGUUGACAACAUAAAAGACGUGAUUCCUUUCCCAAGAUUUUCCCAUUCUUGUCUUCUAUAAAACACAGUUCCAGCCCAGUAGAUAUUUUGUAAUACUGUCUGUCAAACAUCAAAUAAACAUGAUAUUCAACACAG